GAGAGUGAGUGAGUGCCCUCAUCUCACCUUACUCUUUAUUCUCUCAUCCUUUCUCACUCUCACAUCACCCAACAACCUCUUACAUUACUUCUCUCUCUCUCUCUCUCGGGUUGAAUUUGACUUGGCAAACCCUAGCCUGGGAAUUCAGAGAACUGGUUGCUCUGCUAUUCCGAAUCGGUUUCGAGUUUGCAGCAUUAGGAGCAAAGUUUGAAGAGGGAAGUGGAUGCUCCUUUUGUGUGGAAAUGCUUCUGAUUUGGUAGUAGUCCGUUAGAGUUUCGGUCAUGGCUAGGCGUCAUGGAUGGGAGCUCCCCUUUCACACUUUUCAGGUCGUGGCUAUAACAGUAUUUUUCUUGCUAUCUAUAGCAUAUUAUGCUUUCUUUGCUCCUUUUCUUGGAAAGGACAUCUAUGAAUAUUUGGCUAUUGGUGUUUACUCUGUAUUGGCUCUCUCCGUGUUCUUUCUUUAUGUUCGAUGCACUGCCAUUGAUCCUGCUGAUAAGGGAGUCAUGGUUGAUUGUGACAAGACAUCAAAGAAUAGAUCAAAACUUGAUGAAGAGUUGGCAGAACCCAGCAAGAUGGGACUAAAGGGUGAUGGAAUGUCUGAUCGGCACAAUUCAAAUUGGUGCUCUAAAGUUGGAUGUUUCUUCUGUGGUUUCCUUGUUAGAGAAGAUUGCUGUAGUAAUGAAGAAAUUAGUCUACAGCAACAGUCUGGGGAAGAGGAGGCUUUGUUCUGCACUUUGUGCAAUGCUGAGGUGCAGAAGUUUAGUAAGCAUUGUCGAAGUUGUGACAAAUGUGUUGAUGGAUUUGAUCACCAUUGUCGGUGGUUGAACAAUUGUGUUGGAAAGAAGAAUUACAUCACGUUUGUGUGUCUUAUGGCAGUGAGCCUAGUUUGGCUUAUAGUUGAAUGUGGAGUUGGGAUUGCAGUACUUGUCAGAUGUUUCGUUGAUAAGAAAGGUACAGAGAAUCAGAUAGCUGAAAAACUUGGAGCUGGUUUCUCUCGAGUCCCAUUUGCUAUUAUUGUGGCCAUAUGCACAGCAGUUUCAUUCCUUGCAACUGUACCUUUGGGAGAAUUAUUCUUUUUCCAUAUGAUCCUGAUACGAAAGGGUAUCACAACUUACGAGUAUGUUGUUGCCAUGAGAACUCUAAGUGAACCACCUGGGCCUUCAGUUGAUGGGGGUGAACAGCAGAGUCUACCAUCGUCUCCUACUAGUUCAGCUGUCACUGCAAUGAGUGGAAGAAGCUCCGUUGGAAUGAGUAUACAGUACAAAGGUGCCUGGUGUACACCGCCAAGGAUCUUUAUGGACCACCCGGAUGAAAUUAUACCACAUUUGGAGCCGGGACGCCUACCAUCCACUGUUGAUCCAGAUGCCGUACAACCACCUGACAAAGGGAGAAAAAUGAACCAGCGCCCUGUGCGUAUAAGUGCAUGGAAACUUGCAAAAUUGGAUUCUAAUGAGGCAACUAAGGCAGCUGCUAAGGCCAGAGCAUCAUCGUCUGUGCUUCGUCCAAUUAGUUCUCGACCUCAUGCGUAUGAUGUUGAUCAUGUAUCCAGUAGCAAUGUGAGUGGAAGAAGCAGCCCAAUCAGCAAUCAAGGAUUUCAUAUAAAAAAUGAUACAGUGGGGACAUCAAGGUUAUCUCCUUCCAAGAGCUCGUACCCUCCUAGUCAAGCAAGCAAGGAUGACAUAGAUGCAUCAUGCCAACACAGUAUGAGUAACUUUAGCAGUCCACGAGUCUCCAACCUUACUCCUUCACCAAUGCAGAGGCCAGGUUUGAACAGAGACCAUUUCAACCCCAUGUAUCAACAACCAUCGGGAAACCAGUCUCCUUCGUCAGCUAAAGGAAGUGAAGGGAACAUAAAUCCAGUUCACGACAAUGUGCCACGUGUACCAAUGAGAAGCAACACCUUAGCUGUUUCAGAUAAUAGAAGAUCGUCAGUGUUUUGGGAUCAAGCAGCUGGACGCUUUGUCUCGUCCUCAUCAAGAGGUCCCGGAACAGAAUUAUUGUACACGGGCCGUUCUAUAUUUUUUGGCAGCCCCGUUGUGAAUGAACAGCCAAGUACAGGAACAAGAAGUAGCAGUUCAGUAGUAGCUGGUAUUCCGGAUAGAGAUUCUUCUACAUUAAGGGAUUUUCAGCAAGGUAGAUCACAUAGGGGUGGCCAGCUUCCUGUGUUUGUUCCUGGUUGUGGUUAUGCCCAGCAAAACAAGUUUCCUUAGAUUGCCUCCUUGUUACGGCAACUGUUUUUUAUCCUUUUUUAUUUUAUUUUUUUUAAAUUAACUAAACUUUUUAAAUGUCCGUCUUUUUACUUCAUCGUUUCCCCCUUAUGACGGUAUGAGUGCAUUCGCCUUUCCAUCUGUAUAGGCUAAUGAAUGGAUCACGACCUUUUACUGUACAAAAUUAUUGACCACUAUCUUUGCAUUUUAAGUUUGAAUAUGAACGUGAAUAUUCAGAGAGUAGUAGUUCACAUGUA